AUGCAGGUGACAGUUGCUUUGCUGCUUGGAUUUGUUCUCUCGCUGAGCACACUGGAGGCCCGUCCUUGGAGCCCUAGCGAUCCGAUGCAGCCGUCAUUAUUUCAACUCUACAAGAAUCAGAAGCAACGUAACCUGGCCAAAAUACAGCUAAUGCCACAGAAUGCCAUCAGCUUUGUGGGACCCAGGCAGGCGACAUCUCUCGAAGAUGAUGAUGACGCGUAUUACGCAGACGACUACGAAGCUGGAAAUGAAAAUGCGCCCGUAGACUACACGGAAUCUGAGGAGGACGAUGAUGAUUACGGCUGGCGUUGA